UUUAUAAGUGCUGUCCACAGAUUCCGUCAGCUUUACUGUCAACAUGAAGGUCCUCCUGUUUUUUGGAUUGGUGGCUGUUGCCCUGGCUGAUGUCACUCGCUUUGAGGGCGAGAAAGUCUUCCGUCUGAAGCCUCUUCUGGAGGAGCAUGUGACCCUCAUUAAGGAGCUGGCCAAGAGCAUUAAUGUUGACUUCUGGAGCCCUGAAAGCGACGAGCAGGUGACAAUUGGCAUUGAUGUGGACAUCCGUGUGCCUGCCAUGUACCUGGACAUAGUGUCCACCACCCUGGGGCAGAGUGACAUGGAGCAUGAGGUUCUUAUUGAGGAUGUUCAAAGGGCUGUUGAUGGACAGUCGGACAGUGAGGGCAGCCCCAGAGCCCACAGCUACACCAAGUACAACACCUGGAGCGAGAUUGAGGCCUGGAUUAGCUCUAUUUCCUCUUCCAAUCCUAGUAUGAUCAGCAACCAGGUGAUUGGAAAGACAUAUGAAGGGCGUUCCAUGACUGUCCUUAAGCUUGGCAAAAAGUCCAGCUCCACCAAACCUGCUAUCUUCUUGGACUGUGGUAUCCAUGCCAGAGAGUGGAUCUCUCCUGCUUUCUGCCAGUGGUUUGUCCAGGAGGCUCUGUCCACCUACGGUAGUGAUUCUCAAAUGACCAGCCUUCUCGACCAGAUGGAUGUCUUUGUUCUGCCUGUCAUCAACAUUGAUGGCUACGACUACACCCACAAGAGUAACAGGAUGUGGAGAAAGACUCGCUCCAAGAGAUCUGGAUCCAGCUGCUUUGGAGCUGAUCCCAACAGGAACUUUGAUGCUGGCUGGUGUACCCUUGGAGCUUCCAGCAACCCCUGCAGCGACACCUUCUGUGGCUACUCUCCCGAGUCUGAGAUUGAGGUCAAGAAUGUUGCUGACUUCAUCCGCAAGAACAAGUCCAUCAUCAAGGCCUAUAUCACCAUCCACUCCUACUCUCAGCUGCUGCUCUUCCCCUACUCCUACACCUAUGAUCUUGCUGCACACCACAGUGAGCUGCUGAAGGUUGCUGAGGGAGCCUCUGCUGCUCUGCGUAGUCUUUAUGGUACCUCCUACACCAGUGGACCUGGUGCCACAACUAUCUACCCCGCUGCAGGAGGCUCUGAUGACUGGGCCUACGACCUGGGAAUAAAAUAUUCCUACACCUUCGAGUUGCGUGACACUGGUCGUUAUGGGUUCCUGCUGCCUGAGUCUCAGAUCAAGCCCACAUGCGAGGAGACCAUGUUGGCCGUCAAGUACAUUGCCGCCUACGUGCAGAAGAACCUCUAUUAAGGAGCGUAGUAGCCAGGACCCCUGCCAACCCAGCUCCUUUGCACCAGCCCCCCCGCCUUUACAACCUCUCAGCCAUCUCCUGCCCGUAGUCAUGGAUACGGGCACCACCCGCCAUGUUUCCUCACUGUGCUUGACAGAAUGUCAAGAUGAGUGCAAACAAUAAAAUCAAUGAUCCGUCCCCA